GCGGAGAAUGAGGAAGCGCGGUAAAUUUGAGGUGUAAGAAGUGAAUGAUUUGUCUCGUUUUAAAUGAAAAUGAUAGCAUACAGAGUCACAGUUUAUGAGGUUGAACACAUUUUUGUUUCUCGAUGAAAUGUUAAGAGAAAAACCUAUCCAGAAUUGAUGGUAAAUGCCAUUUUUUACGGAUUGAACAUUCUGAUUAUGUUGAAUGAAAAACCAACCAUGCAGCGGAAUCACAGUCACUGAGGCUCAGAAUUUGUCGAGUUCUCUGACGAUUCUGCAUCAUGUCUUCCGAGGAUGGAACUCCUCAGCUCGAUGAGUCCGAGUCGCCGGAGAUUGUUACAGCUUCUUGCAGCUUGUCAAGCUCAACGUCGUCCUUGACAUCACCCCCGGCUCCGAGAGAAUCAUUGACAUCAUUGCUGCUACAAAUACAGCAAUAUCACACCACAGAAACACAUAAACUCCAGGAACGAGUAAACAGGUACAAGAUGAAAUGCAACAAGUUAGCCAAAGUUUCCAAUGACAACGCUGCCAUAGCGAAGCAGUUUUCCAAGCAGAAUAAAAUCCUGCAAGCUGAGGUCAUGAAACUGAAACAGCAGCUGCGGCUGCUACAUAACACAAGACAGAAUGGUUUAGUCAAUACUUCUCAGAUCCAAGCAAGCAAUGCUGAACAAGCUUCACCAAAUCAGGAAGCUCAUCAGGCGCCUAACAGUCCCAACAAGGAUCUCCCAAAGAAGCUUUUCAGAGCUCCCAGCAAACUAACCUCCAAGAAAUCCAACAAGAAAGUCCGCUACGAAGAGAUAUCCUCAGUCGGAAGCUUCCAAAAACCUCCCGCAGAAACACUCCAAGUAAGAAACUCUCAGGAAGAACCAAGUCCCACCGCUGUCCCUAACACAGAAAGGCCAACAGUACACGAGAAGACACUUGCUAAUUUUCAAGCUCCACACAACAGAACACAAGUCGCUGGUAGUCCAGGAGGUGUCAUCUUAGCACCAGAUACUUGUGUUUCACCAUCAGUCCAGGCUACCUUGAACACAAGGAAUCCCGAUUCAGGGGCCACCUUUGGUGGGCAUGGCACAUCUAAGCAAAUGCUCGAUGGCCCUGGAAAGAGGAUUAUGGAUAAGCGGGUGCACACCAUUCCUGAGACUUUGGGAGUUGAAGCUGACGCUGGGACAUCCUUUGAGAUGGGUGAUGAAAGUCUUAUUGAUGCGCCAACCUAUGCAAGCACUCCUGUGGCAAGCCAUUCUCAGACGUCUCUGUUAUCAGAAUCAGUGUCAGUACUGUCCCAGAAAUCAUCACAGAUGCCAGACUCGACACGGCUGAACAUUUUAUCUUCAGAGGCAUCCAGCAAACAGGCAUCACACAGCAACCCACUCACCAUCUCCAUUCCGAGAUCAGAGUCGCAGUUUCCAGUCGACUUAAGCAACACGCAGGCCAAGUCACCCACAUUUUGCGGCGAGGGCCUGGCCACCCCUGGAAGCUCAAGUGGUAAGUCCCGGCAGCAUGGCAGCACUACUGUUGAUAGGAAUGUACCAACACCGCAUAGGGGUGAUCGAUCAGAAGUGACCGAUGAAAGCUACGAAUCAGAAGCUUCUAUUUUACUCCUUGAUCCUCAUUUUCCAAAGCGAGUAGCUGAUCCUCGUCCCUCGCCAAAGUCUCUGCCUAGUCUCACAUUAACCUCCAAGACAGCAUCUUCAGGAGAAGCAAAGCACAAACAAGACGAAGGGAAAACAUUAUUUCAUGCUAAGACACAGAGAGAUAGUUCUAGUACCAGAGUACUAGCCAGCAAGGUGGAGCGCGGACAAGGGACUGACAUGCCACUGAAGUCUCACAACAACUUGUCAAGGGUGUCAACUUCCAAGAAAAGAAAGCUAGAUCCUGAUGAAUCCACUAUGAACGAUGACACAGUGCUUCCCGAGGAUAGGUUUCUUGAAAAGGAGAACAGCCCAGAAGGUCUUGAAGACGAUAAUCAAACAUCAAUUCAGACAAGCACUAGACAGUCUAAACAAGGAAAACGCCUAUCUCCUGAAGAAACAGGUGCUAGGGUCCAAGCUAAGGGCAACAAAAACCUGAAGCAGAGCAAGCUCAUUCUGAGCAAGAUCAAACCUGGUAUGAACAAGUCGGCCAGUCUCAUGCGAGCGUACAACGGGGGUAGUUUAGUGAAUGUGGACUCCCAAUCGGAUGCCUUCAUGAAUCGGGCAAUAGAGUUGUCACUCGCGGAUCGACAAAAGGCAGAAGCUGGGGGUAAAAACGACUUUAGGUCUGAGAAUAUCGAAGAUGGAUUCAAGGUUCCAACUUUGCCUCACAAGAAACAGCAGCAUUCUGUAACUCCCGAUGCUAGUGUGGCUAAGAAGGCAUCUCAACAGAAGCGAAGAGCUUCUGAUCAGGAUGAUUCAGACCUCCAAGAGAGCUUAGAUUUCAUGCACUCUCCUCAUGACUUGAAUGAUUCGGUCGAUCCACUGAUGGACUUGACGCGACUAGAAACGGAGUCAUCCCAGUCUUCCAGCCAACCCAACCAAUCCGUCACGGGAGGGAUUCAUGUUAAGAAGCUGUUGGAGAGGAGGCACGAAGCUGGUCUUGAGGUAGAUGAUGAAGAGUUGAUGCUCUCUGAGAUGGCAGAUGACAGCUGUCAGGAUCUGUUUGAGGAGGAGGAGGACAGUGAGCCAGAAGGCAACUUGGAAAAAUCUGGGGUCGGAGGUGAAACUUCCUUUGUCAGGAACUUUGACGUUGUGCCCAAGGUGGUUGACAAACCAAACUACAAGUACUCGGAGGUUGUCCGUAAACAUGAUGAUCGACAGAAACUGAAGGGCUUCGGCUGCAAGGAAUGUGAGGCAUUCUACGGAGACCUGUCUCUGACAGAAUCCCAGCGAGACAAGCGAAUGAAGAUGUGCUCCAGACACCGGGCUCAGUUCAGUCCGCCAAAUACUCCGGCUCACUAUUGGUCGGUUGGAUUCCCAGACACACAGACAUGUCUGCAGAGAGGUUACAUUAAAGAAAGCAGGAGCCCGGACAGACGUUCAAGGUUGAGGGGAAAAAACAAGUACAAGAAGCUGUUCUCUGGGAAGGAGGUUGAUGGCACAAGGCAAGAGGUUGAAGACGACAAUUGAAAGAGGUUGUUGAUUGCCGGAAGUUUCACUACAUCAUCAUGAGUUAGUUUAUUUAGCCUAGGUAUAUCAAAAAAUAAUAAGGUGCACUUAUUUCUCAUAUAAAAACAAUCAACGUUUCUUGUGAGAGCUUUUGUUGCUUCUUUUUGGCAUACCAUCUAUGCACAACUUUUCUAUUUGUCUAAACGCGUCAUUUGUCCAAAGUAAUCAUUUUUCGCAGGCACUACAUGAAAAAAAUCCAGAAUUUUUUUUAUAUUUUUUUACAGUCAUUUUACCACCAAAGAAAGAGGAAAAAUGUGUCGUGUUAUUUAUAGCUGUACUCUUUACUGUAAACAAUUUUCCUAAAAAACAUAUAAUUGGCAAUCAACAACCUUUUUAUAAAGGUGGGUGUUCUUACUCCUGUAUGCUUGUGGUUUAAAAGGAAAACACAACUUGAAAACAAGACUAACUUUCAUCUUGUAUAGAGCAUUGGAUAUUAUUAGUUAUCCCGCGAGCG